UUGUAUCUUAUAAAGUCAUCGACGACAUCAAUAUAGUAGUGAUCCCAUUACAUGACCUAGGUUUUAGACCUCGUCCACAUAUACUCAAAAAGGGAAUUUCUUAUUUCCCUAAUUCCUGAAUUCCUUAAGAUCUUCAAUUCGCGACUAGAAGCUUUUAGCCAUUUUAAGCGCAGACGCCAGAACAACUUAACAACCCCCCGAAUUCUAACUUUGUCGCAUUCUGGAAGCUUUUUAUUGAUAAUUUCCGAUAAUCAUUCUACCUGCUUCAAAGUCCCUUACACGCCUUACAGCGGCUUCAAUACCUUCCUUUUGCUUUCCUUGCUUCCGAAAUUUUGGGGGCAUUUUUGGAAUCUGCCAGUUAUCUGGGUUGCCGAUUGCGAUUCGUUCUGCGGGCUUGCGGACGAAGCUGCAUUACGAUAUAUCAUGUACAGAUACGAUUACCCCUGAGUCGAAUGUUUAACACUGGAAAGCUUGGUAGAAUUGCCUGAUCCACCCACAAAUUUCGAGCAGAUCGCAAGGAAAUGUCGCUCAAUGGCUUGGAUGAUGCGACGGUCAAAGAAGCAUACGAUGCUGCGGUAGCUGAGCCGGGAGGAUGGUAUGCUUAUAUUCAAUAUCUUGUAUCUUUGUUCGUCCAUUUUGUGCCGUGAUAUGGUGAACUGAUAUUGUGCUUGUAUUGUAGGUUCCUUCUAAAGUAUGCUUCGAGAGACGAAAUAGAGUUGUUGGGCCGUGGCAACGGAGGAAUUGUGGAAAUAAGAAAUAAAAUUGGACAAUAUGAGGAACCAUCACCGCUGUUCGGGUUUCUACGAUAUAGGCGACGGAACGUAGUCAUCAAAUAUGUACCAGAUGGAUGUUCAAGGUUGGUUCAAGGUGGGUUCCCCUUGUUGAUCUCUAUCUCAAUUUUUCACCUUGAAAUCUAAAAAUCUGAUAACCUGAUAGCUCGUGUCACGGUUCAUUUUAAUGCUGUUACCGAAAAGUUCGCUCCAUACCAUACUAUAUUCGAAAUAACCACCGCCAAAGAGCUCCGUGAUACGACCCUUUCUGCCGCAUGCUCACUGCAUACUGCCUCCGGAUCGGUCUCAUCUUCGACCAGUUCAUUGCGCCGACGACGUUUAAUGGAAAUUGCAGAGGAUGAGGAGGAGGAUAUUAGAAUAAAAAGGCAAUCCACAGUUCAGGAGGAGCGGCCCCCUACCGCACAAACUAUUACCUCAACAUCUGGGACCCAGCCAACAGUUGAUCCGACCACCCUGCCAUCCGAUCUACCAGAUUCAUUUACUUUCUCUCCUAUGGUUGCAGAAGGGGGCAACUCUCUCGAAACAACACCACCUCCUCCACGUAAUAAAGUACCUUUGAGCUUCGAUCUUGAUACUUCUCCGCCUCCUCCAAGGGAGCCGCGCGAAAUUGAUUUGGGAUCGUCGUCAUCUAUUACAACAAUCGACGAAGUUCCGCGUAAAUCAUCUCAGUCGGCACGACCUGAUUUGUACAGUCUCGCAUCUUACGAGUUUAACGGCAAACCUAAAGUCAGACUUGGACCUCGCCCUUCUCUCGAUGUAGGCAAAACCACCACAGCUGGAGGAACCGCUACCUAUCGUCCUGUGUCAACCCUUCCACAGGGAUUGAAAAUAUCUACAAAGGGGGAUCGAAAAGGGCGGGCGAGUUUAAGCUCGCAGGACUCUGGAGAGCCUCCCAGUAUGAGUUUGUCACCACCUUCUAUUCCUGAAAAUGGAACCCUACCCACGCUUCUCCCUUUGCGCCCUCACACAAGUGGUGGACGGCCCAACACCAGCUCCGGGGCCUCGGUUCGAUCAACAUUAUCAACGAAGUCAGCUGCUCCCAGUGCAAAGGUCCCAACAAUUACUCCAGAGAAGGCAAGACUAAUGAAGGCUAUGGAAAUGCGGAAGAGGCAGAUGAGUACAGGUGCACCUGCACAGGCAUUGCCCGCUUCUCCAAAGUCCUCAGCGUCCACCAAAAAUCUCGAGAUACCUUCCGCACUAAGCCUAACAACAUCCCAAGGCGCCCAGCAGGAAAUUCAAGAUACCUUGGCUUUGCUAACUAAUAUGGCCGAAGCAGACAAAUCCGCAACCACACUUGACACCAGCUCCGCCCUAAAAACGGACGACUCGGAUGCUACAAGAAGCGAUUCCUACCCAGUAUCCCCCGUUGGGCUUUCAGAAAAAGCAGAAUCGACAAGGGCAUCUUCUAUUUCAGAGCUGACAGAUGAAACUGUCCAAGAAGAGCUGUCUACUAAGCGAGUGAACAACGAUAACAUGGCCGAAGAAUUCUGCGCUGCUGAUUCGCCGGAAAUUACUGAAAGGGGGCCAGUUGUAAAAAUAUCACUGCAAACUCCAGAAAUAGAAGGCGAAGGCACUGAGGAAAUGGCUACAGAUGUUUCUUAUUCUGUCUCCCAAGACACAGUAAAGGAUAAUCUAACGGGUACCACUGUGUCAAACGAACAAGAACAAUAUCCCGAAUCCGAAGUCGUACCUGAGGUCAAAUCGGAAUCGUCAGAAGCCCCAGUUACGAUGUCCAGUGCUCAAGAUUUAAGUGCUGCUGCAUGUACUCAAUCUGGGUCUUUGCAGACUUCUACCAGUGAGCCUAUCUUCAAAUCAUCCGAGAAAAGUUUGAUGGAGAGUCCUUUUGCUCCUGGAUACACUAUAUCACAAAAGAAGAAAGUCCACCGUAUUGAGCCAAUUCGAACUAGUUUUGAUAAGACUAGCAAUAAUUCGGAGGACAACUUCUCCUCUGAUGACGAACUAAUGGAUGAACUGCAGUCUGCUGUAAUUGAAGAUGCAAAGCCCAUGUCGGUGGCCAAAUCUCCAGUUAGUCCUUUGUUUCCUCCACCCACGCAGAAUGAGAUGAAAUUUUCAAGAACUGUCUCAAGUCCGUUGCAAUUAGCAAAUGCGAAUCCCUCACCUCUUUCUGCGCGACCUGGUGGUGACCGGCCUGUCUCUCGGCCCGUGUCAGCUUCGGCAAACUUUUUAAACCGUAUAAACGCGCAACCUGCUGCCGCACCGGUUAUCCCUAAAAAGAUCAGUGUUGGGUCUGGUGUUGCGAAUAGGAUUAAAGCAUUCGAGAAAUUUCAAAAUCUAGCACCCGAGUCUUCUGCAGCACCAUCAACAUUAGGGCCAAGUCCAACUGCUCCACCUGCAUUCUUUUCUGUCAAAAGAAGUACUGUUCUUGUUCCAUCACGAGCUCCUUCCAUUGCCGAUCGUACAAAUUCCUUGAAUAAGAAUACACCAAAUCCUAAUUCACAAGAGGGGUCGCCAGAGAUCUCCAGAGGGCGCGAAAGAGCAAGUUCUAUUCAGAAAAGAGUUGCUUUGUUGAAGCCUACGCCCGCUUCCGAACUCAAGACGACUCGAUCUCGACCUGAAUCUGUUCAAGUAACUGCUCGCAUUAUUCGAGACCCUAAUCAACCAUUUCCUCAAAUGCCAGAAAUUGGCAAAGAUCCUUCGGAAUUCAAUUCUCUUGCGUUGAAAGAAUCACCACUGAUCAUAGAUCACCAGAAGGCGGUUUCUAGUCCUCCGAAAGACACGAUAUGCGAGAGGCGUUUAUCAACGUCCUCGAAAACCACCGCAACCACUAAUAACGAGAGGCGAUCAUCUAUUGCAAUGGUCAAAGACCUCAUCAAUGACCGACGCUCUUCUCUCUCUGAGCGCCGACGUUCUUCUGUUAUUGAACCUUCCGCAUCUUCUCCGGCCGUUAUGUCCCCAUCACGACCUCUUUCCAAUGAUAUUACAUCCCCUGCUCGGAGAUCUCGCCCUUCUUCGGUCAGCAGUCGUCGCAGUAUUGAACGUUCCGAGUUCUCUCCGCCGCCAUCGUCUAGCUCAACAUCUCCUGUAAAUGAUGAUAAGUCUGACAAAAAGUCUGGUCGUGCAAGUCGUAUCAUGAAGCGCAUGUCUUCAUCUCUAUCUUCAAGUCGCAAGGCAAUUGCACAUGCCAUCUCACCUACGGUCCGUGAGGAAUCGGAACCUCCAGUGUUUCCCGAUCAGGAAGCUUCAUCUGUUGCAUCGCAACCAUCCUUAGCAGCUUCACCUACCAUUGCUAAUGAUCUUGGUGAUGUCAACGUUCAAUUCCCUGAUAGUCUUUUAUGGAAGCGUAGAUCAAUGGUGUUAGAUACUCAAGGGCUUCUUAUCAUCACAGCCGGUGCAAAUGAUAAAGGUGCAACGCGAAGAUUUCAUCUCGGUGAAUUUAGAGCUCCUGAAAUUCCUGAUGUUGAUAUGCAGGAAUUACCAAAUAGUGUCGUGUUAGCUUUCUUGGAAGGUGGUGAGCUACAAAUUGCAUGCGAAGACCGAGCUAGCCAGGGAAACACUUUAAAUGGUACACUGCAUUCUCUUAUUUAAUUUUGAUCAUAUUUACUAACGCAAAUUUAGUUCUACGAGAAGCUCAUAGCCACUGGGCAGCCUAUGGACAAUAAUAACCAUAAUCGUCACUCCUUUGAACAAGAAUAUUUCAAUUUUCUAAUUCUUCUCAUACGACUUUGAUAGUCACUAUUUGUUAAUAUACCUCCCCCUCAUUCCUUGACUUGUCAUUUUUUUUUAUCUUAGAAGGAAAACCUUCACGCAGGAUUUUAUGACGUAUGGAGGCUCUAAUUGGGCAUUAGUGAUUUUAUGUUGAAUUGCGUCAUAAAGAGGAAGAGUACGGGAAGAAAAGAGGGAAAGAAAGAGAGAGAGAGUUGAGAUACCAUCACCUGGACUUUAGCAGUCAAAAUUUUUCCUUUUUUCCGCCCUGUAAUCAAUAUUAUAUGUUUUGUAAAUCUUUUUCGUUUUUACUUCUUUUUUUCUUCUUUUGAGAUAACCCUGCAGCAUGCGAAUAGCGCAGUCUUUUUUUUUUUUGCAGCAGUCCGACUGCAUAUGGAUGGAUGGAUGGAUGGAGUGGUGGAU